CGAAAACAAACCUCCUUCCUUUUGACCCCCUCGAACUCUUCUUCUUUGUCUUGUCCGGCACGAAAGUUUACACCGAAUAUGUGACGAGCAUAACGCAAGAUGCGAUACUCGAGCAUCAUCACCACUCUCAUCGCAACCUCUGUUGCUUCUGCGCAUCCCUCGCCCCUCCGAUACACCGUUUCGGAAGCGCCGAACCUCAACCUUCACUCCACAGAAUGGAAUAGCAACAUCUCGAUUCAGCUCUUCGCUGAGCUUGAAGAGCUGUCGCGAAUAGUCGAUAUCUCCUACUGCGUCGGCACAACAGGGAUCUCGAAGCCAUUCGAAUGCGUCAGUCGCUGCGACGAAUUCCCCAAGUUCUACCUGGUCGACACCUUCAAUACUGGGCCAUUGAUGAGCGACAGUUGCGGAUACAUCGUGCUGGAUCACGGUACUGGCAGAUUAGGACAAGGCAGAAUCAUUGUGGCAUUUAGAGGGACAUACAGCAUCGCGAACACCAUUGUGGAUUUGAGUACUGUGCCACAGGAAUAUAUCCCUUAUCCCGACAGUCCUGAUAAUUCGAGCGAUCCUGACCAACCUAUACUUCCCACACAUGGACAUCAUCGAUCGCUAUGGGAUUACGUUCCCAAACCUCCAGUUCUGAAGAAGCUAUUUGGCGCGCAAGUGGAGGAAGAAAAGAAGCCUGAACCGGUUAAAUGCAGCAACUGCACAGUUCAUUCUGGAUUCUGGACUUCAUGGCAAAACACAAGGCCGUUUGUUAUCCCUCAUCUGAAGGUGUUAAAAGAGAAACAUCCGAGCUAUCGGGUAGAUCUUGUGGGACAUUCACUUGGUGGCGCAGUGGCUGCACUUGCUGGCUUGGAGCUUGAUGCUCUUGGCUGGGAACCGGUUGUGACCACGUUCGGCGAGCCGAAGAUUGGGAAUAAAGGCAUGAGGAAUUAUGUUGACGGCAUUUUCGACUUGCCCUCGGAUGGUGACUCUGAGGCAACAAAACCUAUGCAUGCUGGUCGAUAUAGGCGUAUCACUCAUGUUGACGAUCCAGUCCCUCUACUGCCACUCCAGGAAUGGGGCUACAGAUCUCAUGCAGGAGAAGUGUUCAUCUCUAAGCCAUCUCUCCAGCCUGCUGUCUCAGAUCUUCGCCUUUGCUUUGGCGAUGAGGAUAUCAACUGCAUCGCCAGCGCUGAGGUUGAUGAAUCGUGGUUUCAAGAUGGACAAGCAGCCGAUGCAGCCGAGAUCUACAAUUCUGCUGAUGGUGACGUGGACUUGGAGAUUGAAGAAGCAGACGGGGAGAAACUCAGCAAGAGAUGGGGCGUCCCGAUACCAGCGAGGUACAAAAUGUGGCAGCUAUUCUUUGCGCACAGAGACUAUUUCUGGAGACUUGGUCUCUGUGUCCCAGGUGGUGACCCACUGGAUUGGGGCAGAGACAGGUAUCGAUUUGGGGACGAAGAUGGCAGGGAGGAGCUGUAGUUGGACGAAAAAAUAUGCGCUUGACAUUUUGAAUGUCCAAAAGUAACAUGGACAUUCUCGCGAUUGUGAGUUGGGUUCAAGCGUGAAACUUGGUGCUUGGCGUUGGAUAUCCAGCUUUACGAAGCAACAGGAGUUGUAUUAUGGAAAACAAAACAAUCAGCUAAUAUAAUUCUCUAACACAUCUUAGAUUAACACAAAACGAGUUUUAAGGACCUGG